AUGAUGCCCCAAUCACCAAGGGGAGAAGGCCCUCCCCACCUCCGCCUUAACUCGGGGAGCCAACAGCCCAAUACCGACGACCUCCCCACACCGUCGGUGCGACCAAGCACUUCGCGAACAAACACCGCCCGCUCGUUAACACAGCCCAUCCGCCCUGCAACUUCUCAGAGCGUCGGCGCGCCCCAUGUCUAUGCCAACGCUUCCGUUGCAGAGUCUGCUGAGAUGCUACUACCGCCUGGAAGACUACGACCCAGAUCCUAUCGGGACGAGUCCCCGCUACAGUCUCCUUCAGGCCUGUCGUCGAGGCGUACGAGCUGGAGUUCAGACUUUACCGGAGCGCCCUUCGCUUCGCCCUUUGACGACUCGAGAGCCCCAUCCCGCGCUGGCAGUGAGGACGAUCUGAAUACGCAAACCGUAUCUGAAAAGUUCAACAUUCUGCCCUCUGCCGGACUUUUGCUUUUCCCUGAAGACGUUGAAAAAGACGAUUACCUGCAUAACCCCGAUCCCAACGACAAGGAUAAGAGGGACUGCGACGUCUUCACCCGCAGAGGAAUAGUCAACGUCGGCGGUCUCGCAAUUCUUGCUCUUGGCAUUCUCAUGCUUUUCGUCGGUUACCCGAUUCUGACCUUUGUUGAAAAAGCCACAGCACCAGAACGGACGCCAUGCUCAGGCAACCCGUUGUGUAUACCGGGCAAGCAAGAAGAGCCACUACUCAAGAACAUUCGCACAGGCCUCAUCGACCCGGACACACCCAAGGAAGCCAUGACCCGCAUUGGCGCCAACGGCGAGAAACAAGUUUUGGUCUUCUCCGAUGAAUUCAACACCGAUGGUCGCAGUUUUUACGAUGGUGACGACCCGUAUUUCCAAGCCGUGGACAUCUGGUAUGGCGCAACUAUGGAUUUGGAGUGGUACGACCCCGAUCAGGCUUUCACUAAAGACGGUACUCUGAACCUCAGGUUCUCGGCGGAGCCUAGCCACGGUCUCGAUUACCGCUCCGGUAUGGUCCAGUCAUGGAACAAACUCUGCUACAAGGGUGGUCACCUUGAGGCCAGCAUCUCGCUCCCAGGACGCGGCAAUGUUAGUGGUUUCUGGCCCGGUUUCUGGACCAUGGGUAACCUUGCCCGUCCUGGUUAUCUGGCUUCUACAGAGGGCUUGUGGCCGUACAGUUAUCAUGAUGAGUGCGAUGUUGGUAUCACACCAAACCAAAGCUCAUACGACGGUCUCAGCUACUUGCCUGGAAUGAAGUUGCCCGCUUGCACAUGCAAGGGAGAGGAUCACCCAUCUCCUGGCAAAUCUCGUAGUGCACCGGAAAUUGAUGCCCUCGAAGGUUCAGUUCAUUUCCUCGGCCCCGGAGAGAGCAAUGCCGUCGGUGUCGUUUCUCAGUCCUUCCAAGCUGCGCCUUUCGAUAUUUGGUACCAACCUGACUACGACUACAUGGAAGUCUACGACCUGACGGUUACUAGCAUGAACGCCUACAAGGGUGGCCCUUUCCAACAAGCUAUUUCUGGUUUGACUAACUUGAACAACGACUGGUAUGACGGCAAGCAAUACCAGACUUAUUCCUUCGAAUACAAGACCGGAUCCGAUGGCUUCAUUACUUGGUAUGUUGGUGAAGACAAGACCUGGACCAUGAACGCUCCGUCCGUUCGCCCCAAUGGCAACAUCGGCACACGUACCAUCCCCGAGGAACCUCUGUCGAUCAUUGCCAAUUUUGGAAUGUCGAACAGUUUCGCAGCCAUCAACCUGGAAGAAAUUGCCAAGGACCUUCCCGCUACUAUGCGAGUAGACUACAUCCGCAUCUACCAGCCAGAGGACAAUCAGAUCGUUACUUGCGAUCCCGAGGGCUACCCUACUACCGAUUAUAUCAAGAAGCACCCCGCAGCUUAUAUGAAUCCCAACCUUACCAACUGGAAAUCUACUCCAUACGAUUGGCCCAAGAACUCGUUCAUGGACGACUGCCAGUCAUGA